AAGGCUGGCGCUCCGGUUUCCUGGCUGACAAGAUGGCGGCUCCUGGACCGGGGGAGUAUUUCAGCGUCGGCAACCACGUCUCCUGCCUCACCUGCCUGGGGCAGCGCCUCCAGGGGGAGGUCGUGGCCUUCGACUACCAGUCCAAGAUGCUGACUUUGAAAUGCCCCUCCUCCAGUGGAAAGCUCAACCUCAGCGACGUUCUCCUGAUUAAUUUAGCUUAUGUUUCGAGUGUGGAUAUAAUAAACGACCGCACUGAAACGCCUCCUCCUCUAGCAUCCCUGAAUGUUAACAAGCUUGCCAUCCGAGCACGGGCGGAAAAGGAAGACAAGUUAUCCCAAGCGUAUGCAGUUAGUGCUGGCGUUUCUGUGGAGGGCCAGCAGCUUUUUCAGACUAUACAUAAAACCAUCAAAGACUGUAAAUGGCAGGAGAAGAAUAUCAUUGUGAUGGAUGAUGUUGUAAUCGCACCACCUUACCAGGUCGACAACUGUAAAGGCAAAGAAGGGGGAAGCGCGUUAAGCCAUGUACGAAAAAUAGUUGAGAAACACUUUAAAGAUGUGGAAACUCAGAAGGUAAUGCAGCGUUCAACGGCACAGCAAGCACAGAAGGACUCCGCUUUGUCGUCUUGAGCCAGUGAAACCUCGGGACGGGGUGUUACUUUCUGUUGCCAGACAGACUGUGCCGUGUGUCCUCCCCCUGCCCCUGCCUGCCAGUCUGUCCGGCAGUGGGAGGGAUUAGUUCCAUCAGUUCAUUGUGUCUGGAAGACGUAAACAAUUAAAGAAAAGAAAGCUGACAGAAUUUUCAAUUUAGACUUUUUAAAGAGAAAUAAUUUUAACAAACGACCAUACAGUUUAUUAAACUAACUUUUUCCUACCUUUCCUCUCUUGCCCCCCCCCUUCGUCCCCCCCCCCUUCGUCCCCCUUCCACAUAAUGCUCUUGUUUUUUUGUUUUUGUAAUCUCCAAAAAAUUCUAUGGUCAGAAAAUUUGUUAGUUUUAUUUUCAGUCUUUUUUUUUUGUGUGUGUUUUUUUGUUUUUUUAGUUGUGUAUCCAUGUUAAACCGGUUUAUAUAUUUUUUUCUGUAUCAUUUCAUGAAAACAAUGUGACUUGAAACCCCACACGGCAUUUUUCUAAAAAUAAAAGUAACAAAAAAUUCUGACUAAA